AUGCAGAUAAUCAGCUAUAUUUUGUGCAUUAUCAACAUCGCUAUUCCUUUAAAUUAUCUUGCAGUUAUCUACUCAUAAGCUGACAAAAAUUUAAGAAUAAAUUCUAACAUUGAGAGGUAUUUCAGUCCUAUCUAUAAUCUUGGAAGCUUUUUCGCAGUGUUCUAAACUCAAAUAUACUUUAUGUAUUACCUCUAGAGCGUCGGUAGAAGAAAAACAGAGAUUAAGGCUUUUAAAGUUACAAUCAUUUCAACUUCAGCCAUUCUGUUAUAUUCUAUCUACUAUGGAGGAAUUAUGUUUAUGCUUUACUAGACUGAAGAUAAAAAUUAAGAGCCAACAGGUUUUAGUGUAUCUGAUCUACAAACAUUUUUCUUUAAAGUCAAGCCAGGCUACUCUCUGCUUGCUUUGACAAUAUUGCAACAAAUUUUGAUCUUUCCUUUUUACUUUUUUAUGGCAAAGGAAUAUACUUUUGUCCUGUAUGAUGAGUUAAAGAACAGAUCACUAUCGAAAAAGAUUGAAUAGCUUAAAAUGAUGUCAUCAAUGAAAGAUGUUUAUACUGAGUUGAUGCUCAAAAUUGAGAUUUGUGGCUUUAUUAUGGUGUGGUUUAGGAUUUCUUUUGACACUUAGUUUAAUGGCUGA